GCCCCGCUCCCCUGAUCGGCGUUUGUUCCCCGCCCAGGUCUCGGUGCUGUAUUUCGCCCGGAGCGCGGAGCUGGCGGGGCUGCGCAGCGAGACCCUCUCGGUGCCGCGGCAGAUCACCUCUCUGCAGCUCUGGGAGGAGAUCGUCAAGGUGCACCCAAGGCUUGCUGUCAUCCGGGAUCAAGUGGUUUUUGCUGUUCGGCAGGAGUACGUGCUUCUUGGAGAUCAGCUCCUGGUCCUGCAGCCUGGAGACGAGGUUGCCAUCAUCCCACCAAUUAGCGGAGGCUGA